AUGUCAAGUGGCCUGCAGACUUCAAUUCUGACGGCGAGGUAUACCCUGAUCGGUGGCCGCAAGGUAAACCAGUCGUUAUAUGGGCGCACGGCAUACCAUUUAUCCCUGUCUUUGCCGAUUACUAUGCUUGGGGCGGUCCUCAAUAUUAACGAGCGGGCUCACUCUUCGGGCCUGCACUAUGUUGCGGUCUCCCGUGUGCACACCCUCCCCGGAAUCGUCUUUGAGGAGACUAUCAACUUUGACCGCAUCCAGCCGGCUCGGCCGACGCCGACGAUGCUAAUGCGCUUAGACGACCGUCGAUGCCGCGCGCCCCAGCAUAUGGUGCUGCUGAUCCCUAUACCGUCUCCCACGGCCACUCUGACGCUACGACCUAUCGGGUCGAUUUACCCCGUGGUACGACACAACAGACUGUUCGUUUAUCGAAGUUUAUUAGGAGCACGAAGGCCCAGCCCUACACCUUAG